AUGUUCUUCUGCUCCUCAUGGCUCAGACUUAUCUGCAUCAUUGUGUUGGCGUUGCCCUUUGAUUCUGAUAGUGCCUAUAAACCACGAGACUUGCCACAAGAACCAUAUUGUGAUAUAUAUAAAGAUCAUCUACAUCAUUGUACCAGAGAACUAAAUCCAAUCUGUGCAACAGAUGGGAGGACUUACAGCAAUAAAUGUGUUUUCUGCAGUAAUAAGAUGUAA